AUGACCAAGGGGGCUCAGGAAGCGAUGAGUGAAAGCGGCGAUAAGAGCCCGGCCAUGCUGGACGACAUGUCGGAGGGGGGAGGGAGUAAGAGCGAGAACGAGCUUAAGCUAAAAAUUGAAGCUCUAAAACUGCAACUCCAGCUCGCACAAAUUAACGCGAAGCAGGCAGGGGAGAAGGCGUGUUGCGGUGGAAAAGACGCGGGUGAAAGAAGCAAGAUGUCGGCAUACGCAAAGAAGCUGCGCGCGGUGUUGGCUCAGAUGCCAGAUGCCGAGUCCAUGGUCCCAGGGUGGUUCAAAAACGUAGACACGCUUUUCGCGUCGAUGAGCAUACCAGCGGAAGCACAGGGGGCCAUCAUUCUUCCGUUUCUAACGGAAAGAAUGAGGGCUUUCAGCGCGAAUCAGUCAGACGGACGGAUAAUGCCGUACCCAGAAUUGAAAGAAAAAAUUCUCAGGGAACUUAAGAUGACCGCCAACGAAUACCGGAGGUUAUUCCUCACAUCUCGAAAAACAGACGGCGAGUCGUGGGCACAAUUUUCCACGAAACUAGAGACGUUUUUUUUAUACUAUCUGAACAGUCGCGAGAUUCAGACUCUGGAUCAGCUGAAGCACCUCAUGGUGUCAGAUAGGUUGAAGCAAGUCAUGCCAGACGAAGUGAGAACCUACGUUCUCCAAAAUGAGACGAAUGGGUGGCUUAGGCCAAAGGAGGUAGUUGAGUUGGCGGAGAACUUUGACGAAAGCCGUCGUGGGAGAAAGCCUCGAGGCAGGGAGAAAGCGUGGGGCGGUGCACCCGUUCGAGGGCGAGAUGGGCAGCCGAAGGAGACUGCGCUGACGACGACUGACGGCGAGGGACGUGGCGCGGACCGAAUGAGGGCAAUUCGUUGCUUUGGUUGUGGCCAAACGGGACAUAUCCAGAGAAACUGUCAGCAAUCACGAAGGCAAGCAGACGAAGGUCAGGGGAACCAAAACAAACAUGACCCCCGAAAAUUGGUAGCCCAGGUGGCGUCUAUGCCCGCGGAAAAAGCUAAGGAGUGCGUCGAAAGGGCCGGUAUGAGUCUCAGGUGGGUGGAACUCCUAGUGGCAGACAGACCUCUGAAGGCCUGCCUAGAUUCCGGGGCAGAGAUUACGGUCUUGAGAUUGGAAACGGUUCCUGCGGCGUGCUUAGAACAGAGUAAAGGAACAAUCAAGUUGAAGGGAGCGUUCGGACAGGUGGUAACCGCAGAUUUGGCCUACGCGCCACUGAGUCUAGUAGUGGAGGGAGAAAGCGCGGGCCAGCAAGUCCUCACACUGUGUGCGAUCACCGACGAGUUGUCGGACAGUUUGGGAGCGUUGCUUACGCCAGAGGUGUACGAAGAACUACUGCAAGUUCGAUCAGUUCUCGAGAGGGAAGCGGUAGAAAUUCAAGUGAUGGAAAAUGAGAUGGACCAGGACUUCUGA